AUGGCAUUUCGACUAAUCGCAGGCGUGGGCGACGCGCAAGAGUGGCGCAUUGCAACAGAAGCCAUCGUAAGAAACAACGUUCCGGGGCCGUCCGUUUACACUGAUACAGGGAGGGAUGAACAGAAUCAGCUUCCUUCCCACAAGAUAGCAGACAUGAAUAAGCUGAGUUGCGGUGUUUUAAAGGAUGCCUCGAAGUCAACUAAUACACCGCUUACCGUUCCACGUAAACGAGGUCGUCCGCGAAAGAGGGAGCAUGAAGAGGGGAUUAACCUUAUCAAUGUUAAGAAGGAGUUAGUAGAUGAGUCAUACAACCUACCGCCACAACCUGUGCGGCAACGCCCUCGUGGAUGUGCUAAGAAGAGAAGGACUAUGUCGUCGUUAUCCUCAACUGGGAAUUGUACAACGCCAUCUGAUCGGAGACCCUCCUCAGCAACAUCAGAAUGUACACCAGCAGAAAGUACAAAUAUAUCUAUGUCUACCGUUGAUCUAAAGCCUUCAAAGAGUUUGUCACCGGUUAACACUGAGUUAGUUGAUGUCCAAGAGCUUUGGGAUUUCUACACUGCUCGUGCCGAGUACCAGUCGAUUCUGUGGAAAUCCAACUGGAGGUAUUCAAGAGGGCGUCAACGUCCUACUGAAAGGCAGGUUAUCGUAGAGAAGAUUCAGCAUUUGAGAAGAAUUGAGCAAAGUAUGCGGAAGGGAGUGAAGCAAAUCACAACUUUUGAAUUCUUCAACUACGUCAAUCCUCUUUGUCCUGGUUUGAAUGAUGUAACUACUGACGUGUUUAUCGUUUCGUGCACAAAGGAUAAAGUUGUCAAAAAGGAAUUCUUAACUAGGAUUGUCAUACCAUGUAAGACUUCUCAACAACGAAAACCACCUGUUGUUUACUAUUCUGUACCUCCUGAAGUAGAGAAAACUGCGCUUGAUGUUUAUCUUGUUGCAAAGGUCUAUACAGAACAGAAGUACCAUUAUAUUGGAUCAGCUCGACGGAUAGGUCGUUCGAGAGGCGAACAGGAGGAGGAUCUCAAGGAAUCUCCAGUUGUCAAGAGAGUGCUUUAUGGUGUGCGGAAGGUUGCAUCCAGAGAAAACGACGGAGUCGAUCCUGACUUCGGAAAUCAUACUAUUGUUUUAGUAAAUAAUGACACGGAAGGGCUAGAAGGGAUUACGUUCAGAAUUCCAGAUGAAAGCUGGAUGACAAAUAACUCGCAGCUCGACCUUUUGGCGAGAAUUGGAAGCAAAUUGUGUGCGCUAGGCCCUAUUGGAGUGAUCAAUUUCGGUAUAAGCGACGAACAUGUUGAAUUUGACUGGAAUGUUGUGGAAACAGUUAUGGACACAAGGCUCAAGCGAAAGACAGAGCUGCUGAGGUCGUCAGAGUUCACUGUUUGGUACCAUUAUAAAGGAAAUGUCAUCUUGGAAGAGUUGCCACUAGCUGCAAGAGAAAGUCCUUCGUCAGAUAAGGAGAAUCGCAGUGUGCGAGUAUCUCCUAGAAAAUCACCGCGAUCAGCGCAGAAAUCCCCCAAAAAAAUGUUGUCGCCAAAGAAGAAUAAUCGUACGUCACUGACGACUUCGCCGGAUUUCAUCAUCCCAAGUGGUGUACUUGACCGUGUGCCGGGAUUCAUUUGUCCUUUUACGGGAAAAAACUUUGAAUCUGUGGAAGAUCUAGAACAGCAUUUGAGAAUCUCAUACCCAGCAUUCAGUUUUGAGAAAGUGAACUGGAGUUCGUCUUUCGUGCAUUUUGUCGUCUCUAGUGCCAUUACUCGUUCGGAUUGGGAAAAUCCUAAGACUAAUGAGGAGAGAGAUAGAAAUUCGUUGAGUACUGUUCCACUCCAACACAAAAUCCUCUAUGCGCCUCCGCCAGAAGUCCCCGUAAGGAAGAAGAAUGAACUCCCCAAGGCUCAGAUGAUUCCGUAUGGAGAAAUGUCAUUUGUGCCUCCAACGUACUCUCAGGUUCCCGGACCGUCAUCCUCGAAGAUAUACCAUUCGGUGGUUGAAGAUACCUGCGACUGGAAGGAUCAUUUAUCAGAAAGGAAUAUCCGAGACUAUAUUGAUGAUACUCCACAAGAAAAAGAAUUCAUGAUCCUUCAUAACAAAUUUCGGUCAAAAUUCCGGCAUUUGAUUGUUGGUGGAAAGCUUACGCUUGAUUUUUAUACGAAAUUUGUGGAGACAUGUGGAGUGGAGAUGAAGAAAAAGCGCAUCAGAGCGCAUUGUGUCGCGAGGUUGACAAGACUAGUACAACAAGAGAAGAUGACACCAACUGACAUGGCUACGCUCACACAGAAAUUAUACGAGUUAGGCCCCAAUGAGUGA